AUGAAGAAUCAGUCGAUCCUCGACGCGCAGGCCACCAUGGCCAUGAGCCCGCCACACAUGCUGACGAAUAUGCAGCAGGCGGUUGAUCAUUACAAGAAAGACGAUUUUUCGCUGAAACAGACACUGACCUACUGCCUGUCAGGGCGCGUGGACCUUCAAUUGCCUGAGCGCAUUGAGAUAGACAAAGAGCUUCUGAUGCGUAUGGACGCCUCCCCGGCGUGGCGCCUGGAUGGCAAUAGGAAAUCACCGUACAUUCCGUCUGAGCAGCGUAAAGAGAUGGAAGAACAGCGCCGUCUCUCUUUCAGGCCACAGCGCCAACCUGCCUGGCUCAAAUACGAUCGGCAAACACUGCGGUUCUACGCCUACUUUCAAGAGCCGGUCCACGACAAUCCUAGGGAAAACUAUCGCGUCCGAUACUGUCUGAUCCUGUAUUACCUUGAGGACGGCACUAUGCAAAUACUCGAACCGCGGAUGGAAAACAGCGGCAUACUUCAAGGGACAUUUCUCAAACGGCACCGGUUUCCCCGACCUGAUCGCUCCGGAUUCUUCACCAUGGAAGACCUCAAGCUCAGUACCGACGUGACAAUCUACACCCGGGUUUUCCGCAUCAUCGACUGCGAUCCGUUCACUCGACAGUUUUACGAACAAUGCAACAUGGACGUUGGGGAGCCAUCCGAGCCUCUCAGCGACAAUUUCUUUGAGAAUGAGGUUGUCCGGCGCGCGCACUUCCUACUCCGACGUCGUCUGGUUCCCAAAGACGUGAAGGAGUCGCGCGAGUACACGGAAAUCAUGCUUGGUGGCAGCAGAAAAAACAGUGGACUGAAGCAGCAUCUGUACAACGACAGGAAAGUGCUACGAUUUUAUUGCUACUGGGACGACAAAACCAACUACGGGAUGCGCAGCUACUACGUGUUCCAUUACUUCCUGGCAGAUGACUCUGUUGAGAUUCUCGAGUGCUACCCCAGGAAUUCGGGAAAGCGAGAAUUCCCUACGUUCCUCAAGCGACAAAAGCUGCCAAAGGAACCGACGGUUACUUCCUGCCCUGGGGUGGUGCCGAAGAAAACUGACCACUAUAAGCCCGAAGACUUCGAAGUGGGAAAAGAUGUCAUGGUCUACAACCGGCAGUUCCACUUGUACGACUGCGACGACUUUACGCGCGAGUUCUAUCUUAAGUAUACUGGCGUGCAACAAGGGAAAGAAGAAAUCGUUGAUGAGCCCUUGGAAAUACCCAAGAUCGAAUGGAAGCCUCAUGCUCUUGGAAUCUCGACUGACGAGGACACUCUCGCUUCAUGCCUCAACAUCGCGCAGCUUGUGAAGGAAACUCGCGAAGAUGAGGGCCGCAGGUUCAUUAUUUCUGUCCGAGAACGUGACAACAGUGUGAUGGUCUUUGAGACCCGAGAAAACAACUCUGGCCAUGUCGGCGGGAAGUUUGCCGAUGCGGGCAAGAAGGUCGACUUCGUAACCGGGCGCACUUACACCGCAGCUGACUUCUACAUCGGCGCUGUUGUGAACAUCAGCAGCGUGGCGUUUGCCAUUAUAGAUGCAGACGAACGUACACUGAAACAUAUGCAGGCGCAUCCUAGCAAGUACCCCGUCAGCAAUCUCGAUUUAAUACGGGAAAAGAUCUCCGGCGUCCUCCGAGCUCUCAAGGACGAGAACGUCCAGACCCUCUCUCAGGCAGAACUGCAGUACCACCUACGUGGGAUUCUGGUGGGCCGCAACUUGUGGCUUUUUUGCGUCGUCAGCUUGCUUGCUAGCGGAUCCACAUCAGCGUUACUCACUGAAGCGGUUGUGCGAAGGGAGUAA